AUGAACUUCGAUCCCUUCAACGAGCUUGGCGGUGGAUCAGCACUAAGGUUUGACGAAGGUCAACAAGACGAUUAUUGUCUACCUGUGGCAUCUCAUUCGCCUGAAACCGAGAGACUAGAUUAUAUACAUGAUGUCUACAAGUAUCAUGCAGGAAAUAUCCCAGACGAAGUGGCAGCUUUGCUUAGUGACGGUAAACUAAGGAAGAUAUUGGAUGUGGGCUGCGGUACAGGUAAAUGGGCGUUAGAGAUACUUGAAGCUUUCCCCAAUAUUCAUAUUACAGGAGUAGAUCUAGCUCAUCCACCUAUCACCGUCUUCCCACCUAAUUUUUCAUUCGAGAUACAUGAUGUGACUAAAGGACAGGAGUAUGACGACGAUGUGUUUGACGUGGUUCACGUAAGGGAUAUACAUGCCGGGAUGCCAGAUUAUCAAGAGAUGUUGACCGAGUGCGUGCGCGUCCUACGCCCGGGUGGAUAUCUCCUGGUCAAAGAGAUUGAAUGGGUGCCUGCAGUUUUGGAUGGAAGUAAUGCCCAAGAAAGAUUUCCAGCGAUUUGCGCAGGCUCGUUUCGGGAUGCUCUAUCGGAACGAUUUUUGGAUCCUCUAGUAGGAGUCAAUCUAGAAUCGUACGUCGAUAACGUAUCUGGAUUAUGUGAUGUACAUUACACGAGACAUAUGGUCCCUAUGACACCUUGGUCUGAUGAUCCGAUACUCAACUAUACUGGUCAAAUGACCAGACUAGCCAUGGCUAUCCUAGGCGGUACAAUACGAAUCAUGCUUCUAGAUCAUGGUGAAUCCGAUCCCGAUGGACGAUACGCAGCGGGAAUAGAAGAGUUGAAAGAUCUUUCAGAACUGGAAGCAGAACUAGAAGGAUACAGUCAGGAAAUGGAAGAAGAAAAAGGUGAGACUGGUUGGAUAGGUGAUGAAGAUUAG